AUGCUUUACUUGGCAAACACAGCUCACUGGCAGUUCCUGGCCCUCAUAGCCGGGUUCCUGGCCUGGAUCCUGACCAUGACCACAAUCGGCCUCAACGAUUGGCGCCUGUGGGAGGUGGACGAUGUGUCCGUCAUCUCCUCGGGCGUGGCCUGGGUGGGUAUCUGGAGGGCGUGUUUCCACAGCCACGUCCUGCCCAGGAUGGAGAACUGUUGGAGUAUCGGCAUCUCGGACACCUUUGUUCCAAUUGAGAUCUCUGUGGCUCAGGUGAUGAUGAUGAUGGCAGUGAUCAGUGGCCUGGCAGGGAACAUCAUCGCUGCGGUAGCCAUGAGGAUGGUUUACUUUUCUGUGAAAAACCGCAGGAGCAUCAGGCUGGCCUUCGUGGCGGGGGGCCUCUUGUAUUUGCUCACGGCGACAUUGUGUUUGGUGCCGCUGGUGUGGAACAUGACUUCGGUGCUGAACAACAGGACCAUAGACUUUCCUCCAGAGUUCCACCUCCCUGCUGCUCCUGUCAGCCAGAAGGUCGGUUCGGCCAUCGGAGUGGGAAUCUGCUCCUCCGUCCUCUUGCUCAUCAGCGGCCUGGUUUUCCUCUGCUAUCGGUACGUGUGGCACGAUGUGAUCUCAGAGGCCUCCAGGGACCCGCUUCAUGGUCCCUGGACGGUCACAACGCUGCCACACAAUUCUGAAUUAUCUAAUGGAAACAUCCAGGGCGUCGAUAAUCCUGCUUUCACCAAUGAAAACAAUUAA